UUCGCCCUAGGCGGGCAACAAUCCACCGCGCCGGGAUACCAAGUUCUCAAUUGGAGCGUCAUCGCGUGCGAUCGGCCGAUGUGAAACUCGUCUUUCUGCACUCCUCACGCGUGCCAAAAAAGCCGUUGACAAUCCGAAAAUCUGAUUCAGAUUCAGAGCGUCGACAUUUCUCCAACUCCCCCUUUCUGGGACCCGUGCGCGAUUGGCAUCAUCAAUUCCUAACUGCCGAAGGAUUCAGCGUAGCCAAUCAUGUUUUCGUUUUCCUACCUCUGGCAAAAAUUGUUUGCCGUCCUGUUCAGAUACCUCAUGCGGAGGGAGCUCGUGGUGAAUCCCAAUGACGUCUUGCAAAUCCAAUCCCGGGACGCCGAGAGAACGAUCAAAGCGCACCUCUAUAGAUCGACGUCAGCACCAACUCCGGCCCCUGUGCUCCUCAAUUUCCACGGGUCAGGCUUUAUCCUCCCGCAGCACGGUAGCGACGAGGAGUUCUGCCAGAAAGUGAGCCGCGAAACUCCGUACACGGUGCUGGACAUUCAGUACCGCCUGGCGCCCGAGAAUCCGUUCCCCGCGGCGCUCAACGAUGUCGAGGACGCCGUUAAUUGGGUCCUCGAACGACCGAGCGACUUUGAUCUGUCCCGGGUAGCCAUCUCUGGGUUCAGCGCGGGCGGAAACCUCGCCCUGGGGGCGUCGUCGACUCUCUUCGCGCGAGAAACGUUCCGAUCCGUCCUCGCCUUCUACCCUGUCCUGGACCUGCACACGGAGCCAGCCAAGAAGACGUUCCCGGAUCCUGAGGGGAAACCGAUCCCACCCCUGGUGGCUCGGAUCUUCAAUAGCUGCUACAUCCCCUCCUCCGUGGAUGCCCGGGAUCCGCGGAUUUCACCGUACUACGCGCAGGCCGAGCGAUUCCCGGAUAACAUCCUGGUGGUCACGGCGGGCGGUGACAGUCUGGCGGGAGAAGCCGAAGAGCUGGCAGCUAAAAUCGAGCAAGAACCCGGUCGCCAUGUGGUGUGCCAAAGGAUGCGAGGGUGUAACCACGGUUGGGAUAAGAGGGCGGCGGCGGGGACUGUCCAGGGGGACGCCAAAGAGAAGGCGUAUGAGAUGGCCAUUAGCAUGUUGGCACGCUAAAAUAAUGCCAUGGUAGGGUUGGUUCUACCGUUCUACACCGUUGAAGUCGCUUAUUUUAUUUCUUUUUAUUUCAUUUUUGUUUUUCAUUUUUCAUUUUUUGUUCUUGG